UAGCCAGAUCAAGUCGAAAAUAGAAAAUACAAGUUUCAAGUUCACACAUCUCCCAAGAACCGAUGGCAAAAUUCAAGUUCGUCGAACGAUCCGCAGUCAAAUUAUAAAGAACAGUGUGUCACGAACAAACGAAACAAAUGUUUGUUUAACAAUGAAAAAGUGUUCCAUAAAAUUGUCCGAACGCAACGUUGAACGGUCGUGAAGGUUAUGUGUGUUUGUAUUACUGAAAUAUCGGCAGAAGAAUGGAAAACUGAACGAAGAACGAACAUCUAUCGCGCCGAAGAUCGUUUCGCGCGAAUCGUGAAAUAAAUAAAGGAAGCCUGUUCACUUUCGAACGAUGAUAAAUGUCACACGGGGCGGUCCAAAGUGUUGGGAACGUGAAAAGUGGGUUGGGCUAUGAUGAGGUUCCGGAGUAGCGAGCGGUGCAUCGAUGAUCAUGCACUACCUGACACAUUCCCAAAUAGUACUCCUAGUCGUGAUUUCAUGCGUUCACGUUCAACGGAACCAAGCGAGCGCGUAGACGGCUCGCUGCGUGGUCAUCCGGAGGAUGCAACGUAAUUGUUUGACCACGGGGGCCUGGGGACUGCGUCUCGGAGUGUCGUCGGUCACACGAUGUGCACCGCGGACGCGUGGAAAAUCGCGAAAUUCGUCCGGCACGGGAUUUUACCUCGAAUUAUGGCGUUCAGACGACAGCGGACGGACGUGUUAAGCACGGCGCUACGAACGAAUUCGUCCGCCGCCUUUACAGGUCCAAGUGACAACACGCGUACGAUUGGCAACUCAACUGUCCGGCAGACAACCAUGGAAUUGGAAACCUGUAACUCGCACGGCGACCAGGAGAACACCAGGCCCAACACGCCUCAACAGGAAAAUGACCCUAGUGGGACAAAAAAAUACUACCGACAGGCCACUCAAAGAAUUUUUGUCAACCGUAGUCUUCAUUUAGAAAACAUCAAGUUCUAUGGCUUCGACAUGGACUACACGUUGGCAGAAUACAAGUCGCCACAGUACGAGCAACUGGGUUUCACGUUGCUGAAGGACCGCCUGGUGUCCUUGGGAUAUCCGCAAGAGAUCAAAGCGUUCGAGUACGACCCUAGCUUCCCGGUGCGAGGACUAUGGUUCGACACGCUUUACGGGAACCUUCUCAAAGUGGACGCUUACGGAAACAUCUUAGUUUGUGUUCAUGGUUUCGAAUUUUUGAAACAUUCUCAAGUAUACGAGCUUUAUCCAAACAAAUUUUUACAAUUGGACGAGUCCAGGGUAUACGUGCUCAACACGUUGUUCAAUCUUCCCGAAACCUAUCUACUAGCGUGCCUGAUCGACUUUUUUACCAAUUCGCCGCAAUACACGCGGGAGAAGACGGGAGUGAAAGAGGGAGAGCUCACGAUGAGCUUCAAGAGCAUAUUCCAGGACGUUCGGAACGCGGUUGACUGGAUACAUCUUCACGGUGAUCUGAAAUCGAAAACAAUAGAGAAUCUGGACGAGUACGUGAAGAAGGACGAGAGGCUACCGAUGUUCCUUAACAGGAUCAGGGAGAGCGGAGCGAGGAUAUUCCUCUUGACGAAUAGCGAUUACGUUUUCACCGAUAAGAUUAUGACCUAUCUGUUUGACUUUCCGCAUGGAGCGAAACCUGACGAGCCGCAUCGAAAUUGGAAAACAUAUUUUGAUACUAUCGUGGUGGACGCCAGGAAACCAUUGUUUUUCGGCGAGGGUACGAUUCUGCGACAAGUAGACACGAAAACUGGUGCUCUGAAGCUUGGAACACACAAAGGGCCGCUUCACACAGGGGAAGUUUAUUCGGGGGGUUCGUGUGAUGUCUUCACUGAACUGAUAGGAGCAAAGGGCAAGGAUGUAUUGUAUGUUGGUGAUCAUAUUUUUGGUGAUAUUUUAAAAAGUAAGAAAAUCAGAGGAUGGAGAACAUUUUUAAUAGUGCCUGAACUAGUUCAAGAGCUUCACGUCUGGACAGCCAAAUGUCAAUUGUUUGCCGAGUUACAGAACUUAGAUGUUAUGUUAGGAGAAAUGUAUAAAAAUUUAGAUAGCAGCACAAAAGAGAAACCCGACAUUUCGAAGUUACGAGCGUCUAUAAGGGAUGUCACGCACAAAAUGGAUUUAUCUUAUGGUAUGAUGGGUUCCCUGUUCCGCAGUGGAAGCAGGCAGACCUUCUUUAGUAGUCAAGUAGUUAGGUAUGCCGAUCUGUACGCGGCGACCUUCUUAAACCUUAUUUAUUAUCCGUUUUCGUAUAUGUUCAGAGCACCUGCCAUGUUGAUGCCUCACGAAAGUACCGUAGCUCACGAGCAGAGAUUCGUAAUGGAAACACCGAUGAUCAGUCGGUCCCGAACUUUCAAGCUCACCGACGAGGAAGAAGAACCGACCAAGCCGUCUAAAACAUUGUACGUGGAGUGUUCGAACAGUCAGAUACCGCACGCGAGGCCUGAAACUCCACGGAACGUAACACAUACACACGACGAAGACUGUAGCGAUGAAGACAGCGAUUCACAGAAGCAGGCGAAUCAUCACGAGGGAGGACAAAGUAUGUUUCAAAUGAAGAUGAAGAUUCCUUUUCAGAAGCAUCAGUUGCUUUGAUGAAGGAAUUAAAUGACAUUGAAGAAACAGUACAAAGACCAGUUGAAUUAUUCUGUGAUGACGAUGUCAGUGGUCAGACUUUAUAUAAAUUUCAAACACCUGUUAAGAAGAAUGCUAUGACAGAAAAGGCAAAUUUAUUUAGUACACCUACUAGUUCGAAAAAAGAGGAACUGCUACCAAAAGUUGUUCUUGAAAGGAUAGAAUUAUCAU